AUGCCACACGAAAGAGGCACGAGGGCUGGGAUACUGCCAGGUUGCCCAAGCCUAGACAGGCAAAUUCGAAUGGCAGAGGUCGGGUUCGAACCACGGACCUUCAGGUCAGUAAAUUCGCGUUCUAACCACUUGGACAAUCUCGCCCCUGCUAUCUGUAUAGCAAGCGACUGUUCUUCUAGUCAAUCCGUCAUUACCAAAUUUUGUCCCAAGGUAAACCUCGUCUGCAAAAAACACUCCACAGAUAAUACUAAUAACGAUCGUUCAGCUGUAACACCCUUUCGGUGCCUAGCUGUCAUGCCACACGAAGGAGGCACGCGGGCUGGGAUGCUGCCAGGUUGCUCAAGCCUAUACGGGGAAGUAGAGAUGCAGAGGUCGGGUUCGAACCAUCAACCUUCCGAUCGAGCUGCCAAAACAGUUUUAUCUCGUUUAGUUACGAUCUGUGGCUUUUUUUACGGGAAAACUAAAAUCCCAACUGACCAGUUACACACUAUUGGUCAGGGAAGCAAAACUCUCAUUUGCACCUUAUUUACAAAAACUGGACACCCAUCUUCUCCUGAACUCGUCUUCUUUAACUUUCCUGAAUAUUCAUUGACUCCAAUCAUUCAUUGCUCAAAUCCAAUCAAAUGCUACAAAGCGACUCCACAAAUUCUGCAACAGGUCUCUGUUUUCAAGAGACGCAAGGCGAACUCACAAGAAGAAAAACAUACUGCUCGCACGCCUCCCCAUCAGUAG